AUUGGAUGUUCUUUAAUUUUGUUUAGAAAUGCUGUCACAUUUCAAACGAGUAAGGUAGAGAGAGAUUUCUAUGAUCUAUCCUCCCGACCUCACAAUUUUGAUCCCAUUUCAAUGUUAGGGUUUCGGAACAGCCAAAAUGGCGACGACGAAGGCCACUUGUGUUUCCAGGCAGCUGUGCAUUUUCAAACGGGUAUGUAACACUCCCUUCCAUUUCUCUGGGUUUCAUACUGAAGCAUACUUGCAACGCAGCAGAUCAGAGUUUAGGAGUGUCAAGAAGCUUGACGAUGCGCUUGUUCUGUACAGCCAAAUGGCCCGGAUGGAACCCCGGCCUACGACUGUCCAAUUCAACCAACUCUUGAAUGCCAUUGUGAACAUGGGCUGCUACAAUGAUGCCGUCUCUCUGUUUAAGGAUAUCUUUGCGUGUCGGGUUUCGAUAGACGAGUUCACGCUGACUAUUGCCGCGAAGUCUCUUACCCGUUUGCAUAGAGUAGACUUGGGUUUCGCCAUUUUGGGUAGCCACUUGAAGCUCGGUCUAGUGCCCAGUGUGGUUUUGUUCACCACCUUACUCAAAGGGUUGUUCCUUCAAGGUAGGGUUCAAGGUGCCAUUUGGUUGUUUCAGAAGUUGUUUGACGGGAAACUGUGCGAGCUCAGUGAAGUCAUGCUGCUGGUACUAGUCGAUGGCCUCUGCAAGGCGGGACACACUAGUGAGGCUAUUAAGUUGCUUCAUUUGUUUGACGAGGAAGGAGACUGCAAGCCAGAUGUGUAUGCAUAUAGCACCGUCAUUGAUUCUUUGUGCAAGGAUAGAAUGGUGGACGGUGCCUUUGUCCUGUUAGCCAAGAUGAUGAAAAAGGGCAUUCCUCCUAAUGUGGUGACUUUUAAUUCACUAAUUGACGGACUCUGCAAACUUGGUCGAUGGGAGGAGGUCAAAGAGUUACUGGAAAGGAGGAUGGACUAUGAGAUUCCUCUCACUGUUCGUACAUACGCAAUUUUAGUUGACGGGCUUUGCAAGGAAGGGUGGGUCAGUGAUGCUGCAAACAUUAUAGAUAAAAUGGUUCAAGAAGGUCUAGAUCCUAACACGGUUACAUAUAGUGCUUUGGUGGAUGGAUACUGCAAACAGGGAAACAUGAAAGCUGCAUUGGAGCUCUUAAAGAGCAUGAUUCAUAGGGGAUGCAAGCCUAAUAUUUACGCUUAUAAUAGUUUAAUCAAUGGAUACUUCCAGAGUGGGUGUUCAGAUAAGGCCAUGCAAUUAUAUGACGAAAUCCAUAGCAUUGGCUUAAAGCCAACCGUUGUUACCUACAACACUGUGUUGGACGGGUUAUUUCAUGUAGGGAGAUCUGAUGAGGCUGAGAAGCUUUUUAAUAUAAUGGUAGAAAAUGAAGAACAUCAAGAUAUAUUCACCUGCAAUAUUGUUUUGGAUGGCCUGUGCAAGAACCAUCGCGUUCCUCAAGCUCUUUGUUUACUUAGGACGAUGGAAACAAAGAGUCCUACUCCCAAUAUAGUUUGCUACACUACUGUCAUAGAUGGAUUAUUCAAAGAUGGAAAGUCAUGCAGUGCAUUAGAACUGUUCAACACCCUUCCCUCUAAAGGUCUGCAACCAAAUAAGUUCACCUACAUGAGUGUGAUAAGUGGACUUUGCCAAGACGGAUUGUUAGAAGAUGCGAAAAACAUGGUUAAGAAGAUGGAGGAAAAUGGUUUGAUAUCAGAUAGUAUGGCAUACAAUGUACUGAUCCGUGGGUUACGGGAAAAAAACAAACACAGUGAUGCUAUAUUACUUUUGGAGGAGAUGUUAAGCCACGGAUUCUCACCUGACAAUAGAACUUGUCAGAUUUUACUUAAACUAAUCUUACAAAAAGGACCCGAUUCCACUUUGCUGCAUAUGCUUCUGAAUGACAAAGGUUCCACACCUGUAAACCAGGAGAUUGUUUUAAACUGUCACAGAACCAUCACCCAAGCAUGUUUUCCCUCUCUUCUAGAGCAAUUCUCCUUUAACAGGAACUAGCUAAUCUUCUUCAUGUUCUUCACUUUAUGUAUAUAUUUGACAAAGUAUAUUAAAGUGGGCAUAUCUGAUUGGAAUGUAAUUGUAGCUAUCUGACUGUUAG